AUGUUAAAAACCAAAGUCUGUUACUUGAACAGUGUUGAUGUGAUGAUUAUUUGGGCCCAAUCUGCAGACCAAAUAAAGUUUGCACCAAGCAACCCUAUGCGUGUAACAGUCAAGCUUGUCAUGGAAAUCUCGUUGAUCAUUUCCGUUCCAUACAACAUGUCGGAUAUCGCAGUGAAUUGUUGGCAAGAAUUGGACAUUGUCAUCAAUGGGCCAUUACUUCUUAUAUAAGUGGAUUAAAUUG